AUGCGGACUUGGCUGCGAAACUUCCUCAUCGACCGGAAACUCUGUUGGGGUCCCCAAGGCUCGGUGCUUGGUCCGUUGCUCUUCUUGGUAUAUGUGAACGACCUGCCCGGUAAACUCUGCAGUCCAUCCCUAAUGUAUGCGGAUGACAUCAAAGUCUGGCGUACAAUCAAGGAUCCAAAUGAUCGAAGUUAUCUUCAAGCGGAUUUGAACAACCAAGCUCAGUGGGCGGAUACCUGGGCUCUUCCAGUCAACACAGCAAAACUACACGGUACCAGCUAUGAAGGUCGUCUACAGGCUACUAGUCUGUUCCCAAUUACUUAUCGACGCCUCGAGGGAGAUCUCAUCUGCCUGAGGAAGAUCAUGAGAGGUGAUAUGGGUCCGGAGCUGCAACAGUACUUCCCUUUACCGACAAAGCACCUCAUGCGGGGGUACUCUCUCACGUUGCGGAAACUUCAGUCAAUUGGUCUUCCGUUAGUCUACCGACACUUGCGUAUGUCAACGAGACUCUGGAAUUCCCUUCCAGCGAUUGUGGUGGAAGAGAAGACAGACGCUGCUUUCAAACGGCGUCUGGACGAGCACCUGAAGGGUCUAUGGAGGAAGGAACACUUGCGAUCGGACCCUCGACUCAGUGGUGAUGGAGCUUACACGGGUACCCUGCCCUCUGCCCUCAAUAACGAAGACUAUAGACCGAUGUGA